AUGGCGAAGCAGGAACUUGUGGCGACGACCAGGGACCGGUACCAACAGGCAUCCAAGAAGGACAAAGGGAGGAUUCUCGACGAAUUCAUUGCGAUAACCGGCCACCACCGCAAGCACGGCAUCAGGCUGCUGAGUGGCACUGCCAACAGUAACGGCAAGGAGGCCGAGGGAAGACGUAUCUACGACGAGGCCGUACGCGAAGCGGUGAUCGUGGUCUGGAAGGCCUCCGACCGUAUCUGCGGGAAGAGGCUGAAGGCGGCGCUGCCCAACCUCAUGGACUCCCUCGUGGACUCCAUGGAGCGGCAUGGACAUCUGAGUCUUGAGCCUGCCGUGAGGGAACGUCUCCUCUCAGCCAGCGCAGCCACACUGGACCAGCUGCUCAGACACAUCAGGGCCACCGCGGGCAACCGGCGCAAGCGAAGGCGAAGAACGUACAUGGGGAGCCCGAUCCCGGUGCGAACCUACAAUGACUGGAAUUGGCCGCCACCGGGUUUCCUGGAGAUCGACCUGGUAGCCCACUGCGGCGGGACUCUAUCGGGUUCCUUUAUCCACAACCUGGUGGCCACCGACAUCUGCACGGGAUGGACGGAGGCAGUUCCCCUGCUGGCCAGGGAGCAGUCCCCGGUGGCCGAGGGCCUGGAGGCCAUCGCCAGGCAGCUGCCGUUCCCGGUCCUCGGGAUCGAUUCGGACAACGACAGCGUCUUUAUCAAUCAGACCCUGAUGGAGUACUGUGCCGAUCGAGGGAUCGAGGUCACCCGCUCCAGGGGCUUACCGCAAGAACGACCAGGCAUGGAUCGAGCAGAAGAACGGUUCCGUAGUCCGCCGGUUCGCCGGGCACGACCGCUACUCGGGCCAGAUCGCCGGGUCCACCUCACACAACCGGGGUGGCGAAUCAGCCAACCCGCCUGCUGUCAUGUUUAA